AUGGUGACGUCAGCAGAAGUACGUCUUCAGUCAGCCGCCGGUGGCCGCAGCGGAAACAUGUGGCUGCAAUGCUUCGCUGCGACGGUGUUGAUUACCUCGGUCGCGACCCGCGAAGUCUUCACCAACUCGUUCCUGGUGCGGUUCAAGAGGUCCAUCAACCAAGAGGAGGCUCACAAAGUCGCGCUCAGCCACGGCUUUGACAACCUUGGCCCGAUCCUGGGCUCUGACACAGAAUGGCACUUUGCGCACCGCGGGCUUCCGCAGGCCCGCCCCCGCAGGGCCAUGGCGCAUACUCGUCUGCUUAAAAAACAUCCCCUAAUCCACACAGCAGUCCAGCAGACAGGAUUCAAGCGUGUUAAACGUGGGUUCCGCCCGCUCCGCUUACCCGAGACAGUGCCCGCUUCUGAGCCGCGUGACCCCUAUUUCCCCCUACAAUGGUACUUAAAAAACACUGGACAAAAUGGUGGGAAGCCGAAGUUAGACUUGAACGUGGAAGCAGCCUGGGCGCAGGGCUACACCGGCGUGAACGUAACCACUGCUAUUAUGGAUGAUGGUGUUGACUACAUGCACCCUGAUCUAAAAUAUAACUAUAAUGCCGAGGCGUCCUACGAUUUCAGCAGUAAUGACCCGUUUCCAUAUCCACGGUACACGGACGAUUGGUUCAACAGCCAUGGAACGAGGUGUGCAGGCGAGGUUGCAGCGGCGCGAGACAAUGGCGUUUGCGGAGUAGGUGUCGCUUACCACUCCAAAGUUGCAGGUAUAAGAAUGCUAGAUCAGCCAUACAUGACUGAUCUGAUCGAGGCGAACUCCAUGGGCCACGAACCGCAUAAGAUCCACAUUUAUAGCGCUUCGUGGGGCCCCACGGAUGAUGGAAGGACUGUCGAUGGCCCCCGAAAUGCCACAAUGAGAGCCAUCGUCAGAGGUGUUAAUGAGGGACGGAACGGGCUGGGAAACAUUUACGUGUGGGCGAGCGGUGAUGGCGGCGAGGAUGAUGAUUGUAAUUGCGACGGCUAUGCAGCUUCUAUGUGGACCGUCUCCAUCAACAGCGCAAUAAAUGAUGGUCAAAACGCUCACUACGACGAAUCCUGUUCCUCGACCCUCGCCAGCACAUUCAGCAACGGUGCCCGCGAUCCCAGCACCGGUGUCGCUACAACAGACCUCUAUGGGAAAUGCACAGCCACCCAUUCAGGUACUUCGGCAGCUGCACCCGAAGCUGCUGGGGUAUUCGCAUUGGCUCUACAUGCAAACCCAAAGCUAACUUGGCGCGACAUUCAGCACCUGUCGGUGUUAACAUCGAAGAGAAACUCUUUGUACGACGCUAAGGGUCGCUUCCACUGGACUAUGAACGGUGUGGGGUUGGAGUUCAAUCAUCUGUUUGGGUUCGGGGUGCUGGACGCUGGUGCUAUGACAGCUCUGGCUGCCAACUGGCGGUCUGUGCCACCCCGGUAUCAUUGUGAGGCUGGCUCUGUGAACACUCAUACCGAGAUACCUCCAGAGGGCGAGGAGUCUAUAAAACUGCACAUAGACACGACGGCAUGCGCUGGAACUCCAAGCGAGGUACGCUACUUGGAGCAUGUCCAAGCGGUUGUCAGUGCCAACGCGACGCGACGUGGCGACCUAGAGUUCUUCCUAAUCAGCCCCAUGGGCACUAGAUCAAUGAUACUGAGCCGCCGCGCGAACGAUGAUGACAGUCGGGACGGGUUCACGAAGUGGCCCUUCAUGACCACACACACGUGGGGCGAGUACCCGCAGGGUGUUUGGACCUUAGAGGGGCGGUUUAGCGGCGGAUCAGGUCCAAGUUCGGCUUCCGGCUGGCUCCGAGGAUGGUCGCUAGUGCUGCACGGCACGCGAGCCCCGCCGUACGCGCAGCUCCAGCCCGAAGACCCCCACUCCAAGCUAGCCGUCGUCAAGAAGGCGCACGAAGACAAUGCGACUACAAAGUAGACUCUGAUGUAACGAUCUAGAAAUGAGAGCAACCUCCUUGAACGUUCAUGGUCUUAAAAACCCGAGGCCAUUAUUAUCGACAAAUUCAACCACUAAAUUAUACCGUAAAAAAUAUGGAAGAACCAGGUAGCUUCGCCAAAUUGACUAUGUAUAAUGAUCGUUUCUAUAGCGGUGAUAGCCCAGAGAUUUCGGUUUCGAGAUUCCGAAAGAGAAUUCCUAAAGCGAAUUCGGAUUCUCUUCCGGCUUCCGGAAUGACCGUGUUCGACCUCUUCGAACUUUUGGGAGUCAUGUGCAUUUUUAAUUGAAGCAAUUAAAUAUCACUUGCUUUAACGGU